AUGGACCGUGCAAAGUUAACCGGUUGCAGGCGUGCGUACUGACGCGAUAUCGCCACGGUUGGCUCCACCGUGUUGCUUUUGACCAUUGUCCAAUGCUCCGCACCCGCCUCAAGUCGACUUUGGCUGCCGUCGCCACUGCUGCCGAGGCCUCGCCCAGCCUACGCGACGUUCCGGUCGCGCCAGAGUGGGGGUUUGGCCCAUUGCGCUGCAGCUUUGCGCACUUUGCGUCGAACAAUGGCUUCCGCUUCCUCUUUGAACGCAUCCACGCUCUCCACGCGUCGCUCGGCCCGAUCCUCCGCGUCCGGUUCCUUCCCUUCCAGCGCUACACGGUGAGCAUCUCGGACCCGGACGCUGUCGCCCUUAUCUACCGACACGAAGGCGCGAUGCCCGAGCGCCAGCUCUUCGCCUUCUGGCAGCUAUACCGCGACGAGAGCCGUUGGCCGUUGGGCUUGACCAACACAAACGAGUACGCCGAGUGGAAGCGAUUCCGGCUCGGCAUGAGCGCGCACGUGCUUCAGCCGCACAAUAUGAGCGCGUGGCUGCCGCGCCUCGACGCCGUCGCCCGCGAUGUCGCGUCACGCGUCCAUGACGAAGCUCGUGCGUCAUCGAGCGGCGACGUGCCCAUGACGCUGACGACCAAAGCAUUUGCGCUCGAAGCCGUCUCGUCGAUCGUCUUUGGUAAGCGCAUGGGCUGCCUCUCGCCCAACCACUUGACGCCCGUGUCGUCGACGGCAGAAGCUCUGAUCCGCGCGGUGGACGGCUUCUUUGAAACCUCCCAGCAGCUCCUAUCGGUGCCGCCCGAGGCGCCCCGCAUCGUGUAUAAGCUGCUGCCCGCGUACAAGGAGCACGUGGCGCACGCGGAUGUUAUCUUUGGGCUCGGCCACGACUUGAUGCGGGAGAAGAUCGCGUCCCACGAGGUCUCGGAGCCCGAUUUGCUGACGCUCUUUUUGCAGCGUCCGGAGCUCACCGAGCGCGACGCGAUCGCACAGGCCCUCGACGUGCUCUUUGCUGGCGUCGACACGACGUCCAUCGCACUGCUCUGGGCCCUCUACUGUCUCGCGACAUCGCCCAACAGCCACGAGAUCCAGCGCAAGAUGCGCGCCGAGGUCGAGGAUGCGCUCGACGGCUCCACGGAGUUUGACGCCGUAGGCCUCGAGAAGCUCUCGUACAUCCGAGCGGUGAUCAAGGAGACGCUGCGCUUGUAUCCGGUGGCUACGCCGAACCAGCGAUUCCUCUCGCAGGACAUGACGCUCCUCGGGUACGAUCUCCCGAGAGGAACGAACGUACUCAUGGCCACCUACUCGAUGAGCCGCGACCCAACCGUGUUUGAUGAGCCAGAGAGCUUUGUGCCCGACCGCUGGCUCGAACGCGAUCGCAAAUCGCCCAUGCGCCGCAAGCACGAAGCGUACUCGACGCUCCCGUUCGGCAUGGGCGCGCGCAGUUGCGUCGGCCGACGCCUCGCCGAGACAGAAAUGUAUCUCUUCUUGGCCCACCUCGUUCGCUGCGUUGAGAUCCAGUGGGUGCCCGACGAGACGCACCCGCAGGCGGUCCUCAAGACGAUGCUUGUGCCCGACAAGCCCUUGACGUUCCGCUUCCAGCCAUGGACCUCGUAGGUGAUUUGGUAGUACGUCUUCAUACAACGAGUACUGCUGUGUGGA